GGCGCCGCCGGCCACAGAAUCGAGAUCUCCCGCCUCUCGCCUGCAAAAAGUCCCAGGUCGUUCACUUCGACAACAUAUCACGCGGUGUUAAACAAGACCAAGAAGAAUAAACACUAUGUUUUGGGAUUAACCGCGGAUAAACGACGGCCUCAGAAAUAAAAUAUAUCAAGGGGCGAUGAUUCACGGGGGAUCGAUAUAAUAUAAGCGAAUUACAGGGGCCUCUGAUCAACUUCUCCUGCACAAAUGCCAGAGACGGAUGUGGAGGAAUAAAUAUGUGGGGUGUUGGAAUUUGGUAGGAUGUCCGAGGGGCCCUCAAUGGCCGGGUCGGAGCCCGGGAGUGGGCGAAGCAGUGCCGACUCAGGUGAGCCGGCUGAGUAUUUCAUCGACAUUGAUCCACGGAGCCUUCGUUACAGUUCUUCCAAUAGUAGCUGCUGUGACCCGGGAGAAUCCACCGCCAUUUCGACUCCUGGUAGCAGUAAACCGCAUAAGGCCAAUAAUGAUGCCGGGUGGGAGGCAAUCCGGAGCCUCAAUUCGCCCGGCCGUCUGGGUUUCUCGCAUUUCAGAAUAAUGCACAGGCUCGGGCGGGGAGACAUUGGGAGUGUUUACCUGGCUGAGCUUAAGGGAAGUGGGUUUUGCUUUGCUUUGAAGGUGAUGGAUAAAAAGGGGCUUUCUAGUCGGAAUAAGGUACUGAGGGCUGAGACUGAGAAGGUCAUCUUGCAGAUGCUCGACCACCCGUUUCUUCCUACGCUUUAUGCUCAUAUUGAUGCUGUCCAGUUUUCGUGCCUUGUCAUGGAGUUCUGCCCGGGUGGUGACCUCCAUGUCCUUCGCCAGCUCCAGCCAGGAAAGCGUUUUGCCGACCACGCUGCACGGUUCUACGCAUCGGAGGUGCUGCUAGCAUUGGAGUAUCUCCACAUGAUGGGCAUCGUAUACAGAGAUCUCAAGCCAGAGAAUGUGCUGGUCCGAGACGACGGACACAUCAUGCUCACCGAUUUCGACCUCUCCCUGAAAUCCACCGUCCGCCCAACAUUGCUCAGAACCUCCGAGACCCCCUACACCAUCACCGCCAGCACCAGCAUAGGCGGUGGCGCCGCCUGCAUUUUGCCGGCCUGUGUACUCCCCUGCACAGUAAUGGGUGCCACAGCUCCACACCAGCGACAGAGGGUAGUCUCGUGUCUCCCCAUGUUCCCAAGGAAAAAGAAUUCCAAGCCCAAGAAGACCAAGAUGACCAAGAUGGGAUUCAACUACCACCACGCCGGCGACUCUUCACCAUCAAUAGCUCUUCCGGAGCUCGUAGCUGAGCCCACAGAGGCGCGUUCCAUGUCAUUUGUGGGCACCCACGAGUACCUAGCACCGGAAAUUGUGUUGGGCGACGGCCAUGGCAACGCAGUCGACUGGUGGACAUUUGGCAUUUUCCUCUUCGAGCUUCUCUACGGUCGAACACCCUUCCGGGGCUUGGACAACGAGAAAACCCUAGUGAACGUUGUCUCUCAGCCGCUACGCUUCCCUGAAGCUGAAGAAAAGGAAAGACCGGGGAUUUUACCUCCGCCGCCUUCCAUGGCUGCCAAGGAUCUGAUACGCUCCCUCCUGGUUAAGGAUCCCACCAAGCGCCUCGGGUCCACCAGGGGGGCCACGGAGAUUAAACAGCACGCAUUCUUUCACGGCGUAAAUUGGGCACUCAUUCGCUGCUCCAUUCCUCCUCACAUUCCCAGCCCUUUCAGUGUCCCCACCUGUUCCUCGCCGCCCUCUGAAAAGAACUCCAAUUCUUCCGAUUUUGAAUAUUUUUGACAAUCCAACUGUCAAAUCUUUCACUGCCUUGUAUAUAUAAUUUCAUUUUUGAGAUGCCCGGUACAUAAAUAAUUGAGAGCUUCCCCGUAAGUAAUUCAGAAAGUAUGAUGGAAACUAGGAAGACAGCAUGAUGUCGUUUGUCCAUGUACCAGGGGGAACAUCGAGUCCGUGCUUUCCAUCCUCAAGCGACAAACUGCAUUCAAUUUCAACUGGAACGGAGUGUUUUGUUUUUCUCUUUAAUAAAUAUAUAUAAUAGCCAAUAUUAUUUAUUAGUUGUAUAUUUUUCAUUAUUUUA